AUGCCUGCAUCACCAAGUAGCACUUCUGUUGGCAAAGGUGAUUCCGGCAAAGUAGCUGGACCACGAUCAGCUGGUAGCGGCGGAGGCGUCCGUCAACGUAAAUCAGCUGCACCAGCACAUAGUCGACCUAGUGCUGGCGGUGGCGCAAGUGCAGGUGUUUGGCGUUUUUAUACUGAAGAUUCACCAGGUCUUAAAGUCGGUCCUGUACCUGUACUUGUCAUGAGUUUAAUCUUUAUUGCAAAUAUAAAUGGAUUCAUCACAUGUUCACUCUGUAAUGGAUACUUAAUUGAUGCUGCGACGAUACCAGAAUGCUUACACACAUUUUGUAAAACAUGCAUAGCGGCUUAUUUGGAUAAUGACGAAGAAGAUAAUACACGGUGUCCGAAAUGUGACUCUGUCAUUGAUCAUGUAAAUCCAUGGCGCGUAUUAGUGUUUGAUCGAACAUUACAGUCAAUAGCUUACAAAUUAGUACCACAUCUUUAUAAAGAAGAAAUCGAACGACAAAUAGCUUAUUAUAAAGAACGAGAUUUGCCAUAUCCACCAUCAUUAGUUGAAAAAUUACAAGAAAAACGUGAUGAAGAAGAACAACAAACAAUUCCGGCAAAUUCAGAUUUACAUAUUUAUGACGAUCAAGUAGCUAUUUGUAUUGAUACAAAAACAAGAGAUAUUGAAUCAUUUCCACGCAAGUUCAUUAUCUGUUCCAGUAAUGCAACUGUAACUCAUUUAAAAAAGUUGUUGGCCAAAAUGAUAUUUCAAGAUCCAUAUCAAUAUAGAAAAAUUGACAUCUAUCUCGAUGAUCAAAUUUUGGGUAAAGAUCAUACAAUGCGCUUCAUUUCAUUGACAAAAUGGCGUCAUAAAAUGCCGCCUAUUUGUUUAACAUACGAUGUAUCGCCGAUAUGA